GAUAAGAUGGCUGGGUGUCUGAUCCAGUGGGACACCUCCCCCGCGGUCAGGUCAGGUCUGAUCUGAUGUGAUCCCCUCCCCUCCCUCCCGGAGUCUGACACAGUCUGACAUCACCCGCCACCCGCUGAUCCAGUGUGACCCCGGCACGAGGGUAACCGUUGAGCCGGAAGUGCCCGCACGGAUUCCAUCCGGUUCAAGGCCUGAGCCUCGGGCUCGAGAGAACAGAGUCGGCAGGGUCGGCCCUCACUCUCCCUCCCGGUCCUCAUUGUCCCCACACCCCGGCUCCACUCACUCUCCCUCCCUAUCGGCCCGAGUGCCGGCGGUGAAAUGCCAGCUGGAAGUGUCCCCGUGUACAGACGGGCAGGUGACAGCACGCACUGGUUAAUGUAGGGGCGGGUGUGGGACUGUCCCUGCGGCGGACCUCUCACUGACACCGUUAACUCCCUCAGAGAAGUUACCGCGGGACUUUGUUAAACCAAACAAUUCAUUGACAAUGGGCUGUUUUGGAACAGUUCUAUAGUCACUUGAUGGAGCGUUUCUUGAUGGAACAUUCACUUUAUUGAACUAAUUUUCAUAGGCAUAAGCAUCAUGCCUCAGAAGUUGCUUAAAAGUGCCCACUAUAUUGAACUAGGAAACUACCAUUAUUGGCCUGUUCUUGUACCACGAGACAUCCGCCUGUACACUUACGAACAAAUUCCAUCCUUCCUUAAGGAUAAUCCUUACAUUACAGAUGGAUAUAGAGCUUAUCUACCUUCAAAAUUAUGCUUGAAAAGUCUUUUCAUCCUUUCUAACGAGACGGUGAAUAUCUGGAGUCAUCUACUUGGAUUUUUCCUGUUUUUCAGUCUUGGCAUUUAUGACAUGACCACUGUACUUCCUGCGGCAAGUGCCUCUAGGGAUGAUUAUGUUAUAUAUUCCAUAUGUCUCUUCUGCUUCCAGGUUUGUAUGCUGUGCUCAGUGGGCUAUCAUCUAUUCUGCUGCCAUCGCUCGGAGAAAGCAAAUAGACGCUGGAUGGCUCUUGAUUAUGCUGGUAUUGCCAUUGGGAUUUUGGGCUGCUAUGUCCCUGCAGUAUUCUAUGCCUUUUACUGCAAUGAAUAUUGGCGACAGGUGUACUUAAUAAUGGUGCUGGCUAUGAUACUGGCAGUAUUCUUUGCACAAAUCCAUCCAUAUUACCUCACUAAGCAGUGGUACAGCCUACGUGCGCUCAUCUUUUGCUGUGUCUCUGUGUAUGGGUUUAUCCCAACAAUACACUGGAUCUGGCAGAAUGGAGGGAUGAACACACCAAUUGUUCAGGCAUUUGUUCCACGUGUAUUUGUGAUGUAUUUGAUGGGUGCAGUAGCUAUUUUACUCUACAUUACGAAAAUUCCAGAAAGAUAUUUUCCAGGUCAGCUCAACUACCUCGGUUCUAGUCAUCAGUGCUGGCAUAUCCUUGUUGUAUUGAUGUUUUAUUGGUGGCACCAAACUGGAGUCUAUAUCAUGCAGUACAGGCACAACCAACCCUGUUUAGAACUAAUGAGUACAUAACUGCAACAUCGGUGUCUUGUGAUUCGGUGAACAACUUCCUUAAAAGUGCCUGUUAAGAAUCUGCAGAGAUACACAAACAGAAAAUGGGAAGGGAUGUGUUAAAAUUCUGUCAACCUAAAUGUACAGAGACCUCUUCCAGUUUUCAAAAAUCUGUUACUUUAAAGAAGUCUUAACAUCCUACAGAUAUUUUUCAAUAGCUUGAUAUCUGUGGCAUUUCUAUAAAUGAACUUACACCUUAAGGUGUAGUUGUCAUUCUUCAAACAAUUUUCCUACCUUAUUACAGAAAUGGAAAAUCUGUAUACACCAAUGCAAUGGAUCUCAUUCAAGAACCUGCAAAGUGCAGGUGCUAAACUGGGCUAAAAUUUCCAAUUGCUAGUUGCAGUGACAAUGUAUGCAGAUUCAUUUGCCCCUUGCCUGUUUAAUGUAAGCGAGUGAAUGGUGUUUUAAUCUCAGAAUACUGCUUGACUGCAUUGAAUAUCCCUGAAUGGAAGUGGUUUGAGGCUGCCUCCCGGGGUACCUCACCCCUGUUUACACUGGAUAAAUAUCAACUCAAAACAAGUGAUCUCAUUAAGACUGUACUACACUUUUGUAUUAAUGUACAUUUGAAGCUGCUUUUCAUUAGGUAAAAAUGUAGAAUAUUGUGUGCUAUCUUCUUUCAAAUGUAUUUAAACUGGAGGUUGUUUAAGUCUUGUUCCCUCAAAGCUAGGAGACACAGGAGAAGGCUACAGGAUAUGGGAAAAAUGAAACAUUAAAAAAAGCCCUUGUAUUCUGGAAUAAAUAUAUAUAUCCUGAAACAAAAUGAGGGAAAGAAUUGCUAACUACUUAAUUUCCAUCUCCAAGAUGAUUCCUGUAUAUGAGAACAAUGUAAACAAAAUUGGGACGUCAUUUAAUCUUCAUAGGAACAGACAUCUAAAAUGUUUGCAUUUAGAAAUAAGCAUGAUGGAAAGAAUUUCAUUAUUAAAAGAUAAAAUUGCUUGAUCAAGUCUUGCAGAUGACUAAGGUUAUUAGGAAAUAGUCUAUUCAUAACCAAAGUUUUAUGCCAUAUUUCACCUUCUACCACAUACCAUCUUUCAGUCAAGUAGUUAGACAGGUAGUUUGCAAUGCAGAGUAAUGCCAACAGUGGGUUUAAUUCUCACCUGGCUGAAGUUACCAUGAAAAAUUCUUCUCAAUCUCCCCUUGCCUGGAGCGUGCUAACCCUCUGGUUGAACCACUAGUUUUCUGAGAGCAGCCCUAUGGUAACUUGAUCUUCCACAUUUCAAAUAUCAUGGUGGAAGUGAUGCUAAUUUUAGAUACCAAAUGUAUAAUUUUAGUACUGGAUUUUUUUUCCCCCUUCAGUUAUGUUUAGUAUGUUCUAACUGCUUGGCUGGCUAGUUGACUGGAGAAGUAUAAUUGGAGUUGACCAUUUACCUGAACCUUCAGGACAACUGUCCAAUAAGUAGGAGAAUUGAAAUUUAUAGUCUGAUAAAUCUAGAGGAAAACAGUCUUCUACUUCUGCUGGACCUCCUCAGACAGCUGGAUUAUCUUGGAACCUUGUUGUUUUUUAUUGAAUUAGCCAGCCAGUGCAUUAGAACAGACUAGUCAUGAAAGGCAAUAAACCUCAAAAGGAAAAACUUAGACUCUUCAGGUAACACUAUAAUGACGUAGAAAUUUAUGCUGAGAACAGCAUUGACUAUUAAAGGGUAAAUUAUACAAUCUAUGCAUCUAUCCCAGAACUUCACACAGUACAUUACUAGUUUACACAAAUGUUAAACAAAAAGGGCAAAGUGCAAUUUAAAAGUUGUGUUAUAUGCAUUGAAACUGUAUCUACCGGAAAGUAGAACUAGUAUGGUUAGAAAAUGGUGGUAUAUUGGGAGUUGUAAAAGUCAUUUUUAAAACUUGCUCUUAAGUAUCUGAAUCACAUGACUUGCUUGUCUUUUAAGAUAUGCAUUUUACUCAUCUGGAAAAUUUGUGCAUAUCCUGGAAUUGGAUGUCUAUUUUGAAGGGUGACAUGCAAGAAAAGAUGUCUUCUGCUUGACAAAUUAUUGGAAGCUAAGUUAGUUCUCCACAGAGGAGAA